CAAACAUCUGAAAACAUGCCUGGUUCGAGUGACACAAAGCGCCAUCUGGUGUCUGUUCAGAGGAACUGUUUGAACGUGCUCAGUAAAAGGAUCCCCCUCCACCCGCCUGCAGGACAUGCGGGUGGAAACUUGAUCAGCAAGAGAAACGUGAAUACUUCACUGUUGUUCAAGCUGCACGAGAGGAGGCGAGUAAGACGAAUCAUGGCUGCAAGGUUCGGUGGAGUCUUUGUCCUUCUUACAGUGCUUCUAUCUGGACUGAAUGCAGCAAGACCUGCGGUUAACCAGGAACUAUCCAAUAUUUUCAAUGAGCUGUGGAGGUUGGAUGUGAGUCGUAUGACACCGGGUGUGGACUACACAGUUUCAGUUCAGAAUAGAGCCAAUUUUGUAACCCAGGGCAGCCAUGUUGUCCAGGAUCAUGCUGCACUGCCUCUGUUCUCCAGCGUUAAUGAAAACAAGAUGAAUAACAUCACCACAUUCUCCAGGUUCACAAAACUUCUGGACAACUAUGAGCGGUCCACUGGCACGGCUGAACAAGUCACAACAGAGGAGCAGACUGAGAUUAAUCUCUUCCUGGAUGCCGUCUUACAGACAGAAGUCAUGAAGCACGCUCACAGGCACCUGGUGAGCCAAGGGAAGUCCAGUUCUAAUCUGAGGCUCUUUAAGAGUCAGCUGCACCUGAUCUGGUUCCAGCUCUACCACAGACAGAGAAACGCUGGCCUGGACUCCUGCGGGUUUGAGCAUGUGUUUGUUGGGGAGACAAAAUCUGAAACACAAAUAGUUGGAUUUCACAACUGGGUCCAGUUCUACCUGCAAGAAAAAAACAACCACUUGGACUACAAGGGAUACAAGGCCAGGGACAAUGACUUGCCUGAUCAGGACGACCACGUCCUGAACCUCCAGUUCAGCUGGCAUGGUUUGGUGAAGCCCGUUGGCAGUGCCUUCAUCGGGACCAGCCCUGAGUUUGAAAUGGCAGUCUUCACCAUCGUCUUCCUCAUCAACACGGAGAGAAGCACCACAGUGCUGGUCAACAUCGACCAGUGUCAGAUGGAGCUGGUGGUCAUCAGACACGGACGCUCCCUCGGGACAGCUUACCCCAAACUGCUCAGCAGCAACAGCCGACAUGUUAGACAGCACUCACACUGAGGCUGAGGAUCAUGUGAUACAAAGUUAUACCCCCAUAAUAUCCAUGAGUCUAAUGUAAUCAAUGUAUACAGGUUUGAUGAACUGUAAGGAAUGAUUUCUUUUGGAUUGUUUCAUUAAUCAUCUGUUAACAUAUGAGCAGUACUUUAAAGUUUCGUAAAUGCACAAAUGUGGAGUUUGUCUUUGUUUCAAUGUAACCCAGAGAGAAACGUUGAUGGGGAUACCUACCUAUUCAAAUAAGAACUGUUUUUAACUCUUUAUGAGCAAAUGACAAGACGAGCUCCAAGUUAUUCAGAUCUCUAAAUGUCAGACAUCAGGCCACUUACCAAUAGAUUAGUUGAAAAGCUUUGUUUAUUGUGUUUUUAGCGUGGUUGGACAGAGCAGAGACCACAAUUAAAAUGAUUUUUAAAAUAAAGAUGA